AUGCCUACUUUGGGAAAUCAUGUUAGCCAUAUAUUGCUUGCGGAGUUCGACAUUGACAGAGGUGCCUCUUUAACGCAUCAGUAUCCUCUAAUCACUGGAACCGAUGAACAUUUAUUAGCUGAGCUUAUGCUUCCUGAUGGUGCACAUCUUCGACCCGAGGACUGGACUGUAUUCUUCUUGAACCAAACGAUUCCGAAUGUGGAUGACAUUUCAAUCGAUACCACCAAAAGAAUCUCUAAUGUUUAUAACGAGGUUGGUGAAGAAGAGGGUAGAACUUCCUUGUUAUAUGCAUUGAAUCUGGUGCGUACAAAACACGAUAAAGAGGCAAGGAGGGGUGCCGUUGUGAAAGCAAUGGCAAUUUGUACAAAGCAUCAAUUCUUACAUAUUUAUAAGCCAAUUUUACUUUUAGCCCUCGAAAAUUACUUUCAAAAUCCUUCGAUAGAAUGCCUUGAAUCACUUUACGAGGCUGUCAAUUCAAUGGACGUGUCAUUUAUGCCGCGUUUCUCGCCACAGGAGAAAGCGAUACUACGUUCAUCAGAAUCCAAAGAUUUGUUUGAAGAGAAAUUUAAUGCAGUAAAAGCCAUGGUACCAUCGUAUACAAACUCCGAAAAUACGGGUAUUGUAGAAAUUUCCGAAGAAGAGCGAUUUGUGAGAAUGAGACGUGGCACGUAUAUUGAUUUGUCAUCUCGUGAAUUGCUGCCUAAUCUCAGUAAUGUGCAUAAAGAUCGACAUUUUUACGAGACAAAAGUGUAUUAUAAUGGAAUCAAUUUACCAAUUAGAGUUCCUUUGACUGUUAACCCAGAAGAAGUUGGUGAUUUCUCUCUCAUCAAACUCAUCACAACGUUUUCCCCUCCAUCACCCUCACCCAAUACUCAUCCAUUUCACCCUCACCUUGAUACCAGUGGAAAUCAAACACACCCGAUUAUCCUUUUGCUUAAUGCCUUGUUGACUCAAAAACGUAUAAUAUUCUUGGGCCAAGGACAUCCGUCUGGUGAUGUUGCUAAUUACGUGUUGGCCGCAUGUGCUAUGGGAAGUGGCAGUGGUGGUGUAUUACGAGGGUUCUCGGAACGUGCUUUUCCGUAUACCAAUUUGACACAAUUGGAUGAUUUGUUAAAAGUACCAGGUUUUAUUGCUGGCGUUACUAAUAGAAUAUUUGAAGACCAUAGUUCAUGGUGGGAUGUAUUGUGCAAUAUAGAUACAGGAAAGAUCACAGUUAGCAAAGACAUUGUUACGCCAUCUUAUGGCACUAAGCAAGAUGAUCGCUCGGACGAGGGAACAAAAUCUCCUUCAUCUAAGAAUGAACCGUGGGGCAGAGAUAAAUGGGAUACUACUGAUCAUGAAUUCAUGGCUGAGGUCACGCACGCGAUACAACAUCAUUAUGGCGAGACAGCAAUUCGCGGAAAAUUCCAAGAGUACGUUCAACGAUUUGUACGACUUACCGCCCUCUACGAAAUGGAGACUUUUGGCUCUACCAAAAUAGGAAUAACACCUGCAAAUACAGAAAACAACAAGGUUCUUGGUUCGGGUCUUGCUUUUCCAGACGAAAAUGCAAAAUUACGUGAAGUUGCUGCCAAUAUGAAUCGUAUUGAAGGUUGGAGAAAGACAAUUUCUUAUAAAUAUUAUCAACAGGAUUUCCAUAAUUAUCUGCAAACACGAAGCAUCAAAUCGUUUGAUGUCUACUUUCAAAUUGCGAGACUUCGGACACUUAAGAAUAUGCAGAUGGAGGAAGUGGAGGCGUUGUAUAAAGCAUUUGUCGACAAUGUUCAUACUGAUGAACAGAUAAUCGAGUUCUUGUCGUAUUUACCACAGAAUCAAGGUGGUCUUUUUCCAGUCGGACUUGGAUUAUUCUACCCUUUGAAAUCUGUGCGUGGAUAUACAGUUGAAUUGUUUAAUAGAAUAAAUGAACAUGUGACUGGAAAUAAAUUUAUCCAAAGUCUAAAUUUUUUCCUUAAAUUCGCGUACGAGCGACAACUCGCGCUUCAACGCGAACAGCAAGAAAUCGCUAAUAAGAUUGCAGCGCAGCAACUCGACAAUAACAAAUCAAUUUUUAAUUCGCCGGACAAACAUUCUGCACUUAAUUGUCAUUCUCCUCUAUUACUUUUUUCGCAAUCCUCGAAUCUUGCAACUUUCUCCUCGCCUAUUGUUCGUCCAGAUACUUAUCCUUUGAGAAAAAAAUCGCUAAGAAACAUACCAUCAUCUUCACAACCACAGCUAACGCCAACACCAUCAACCAAUGCUUCUAAUGGCAAAGAAAAGGUUGCUACCUUUUCAGCUGAAAUCCAGAAACUCGUGGAAGAAGGCCAACUGCACAAGGCAUAUAGAGCUGUGCUUCUUGACCCGAAACAAGUCUUAUCGCAGGAAGCUUGGAAUAUGUUGAUUACGGAAUGCGUAAAAGAGGGAAAAGUUUCAAUGGGCUUUCUCUUAUUUACAGAGAUGAAACGACGAGGAUUCCUACCCAAUGAAAUGCAAACAUACACAAUCCUCUUAAAUGGCAUAGGAGAAAAAUGCACUUUCCCUCAUAAUAUCGUCUUCCCCAGCACCGUUAUCGAUGCCAUGGUAAGAAACGCGAAUGAAACAACAAUCCAUCCAAGUACCGCCCACGGGAACCUGUUAUUGACUGCGUGUGAUCGCGUACAAGAUUUCAUGUCAUUGCGGGAACAUUACGAUCGGCUAUUUCGGUCUGGUGUAAUGACGCCAAACGUUGACACUUACACAAUAUUAUUCUACGCAUGUUCUAAACACCAAUCCGAUGGUUACAAGUAUGCAUUUCCACUUUGGGAAGAAUUAUUGGAAAAACUUAAAAAACAGAAAGAAGCUGAAGAGAGAGUGUGCGAUCUGGAGGAGGAAAGAUUGGAGAUGACGGAUCAAUUGGCGGCAGCAAUGAUUUGUUGUUGUAGGAAUGCAAGAGAAAUCACAAAAGGAUAUGAAAUUGUUGAAAAAGUGUAUGGCAUCAAGUUGUUCGAGACACCUGAGAUCGUACCUUCGGAAUAUGAUGUAGAAAUGACUGCGAAAUCACUGAAUAUUAUACUUGGGUUGUUUCAUAAAGAUCGCGCUAAUUCUAAAGGACUUG